CACAGGCUGCGUUCUAGUACUGUUUCAUUUAUGCUUUUGUUGACUUCCCCUCACCAUUUCUCCUUGUUAUCUCACAAACUGUUCCAUUACUUUAUAAGCUCAAGUGAAGUUUCUCAAUUAUCAAAAAAGUUACGUAACUGUACACUUUAGUCUCGGUCUGCACAGUUAACUGUGUGAUCUGAUGCAGCUUUCUUUUCAUUUUAAUGAACCUGUGUGUAAAUGUAGGAAGGAGCAUUUCAAUACUAAUAGUACAAUAAAUAGCCGUGUGGGUUUGUGUGUAAUAAAUAAAUAGAUAAAUAAAUUAAUAAAUAAUAUAUAUAUUGUGGAAGACAUGGUAUUGAUCAAUCCUCUGUACAUCCCUAUUGGCAAACUUUGCACUCUGAAUUUGGACAUUUAAUUUUCCUGCCCUUUUGUAGUUCAACUCUUCUGGGCUCGGCCCAUUGUUGGAGACCCGCAGCCAGGUGCUCUCCUUGCAGUCUGUUACGAAGGUCUGAUUUGACCUGAAAAUGAAGAUAACAACAAUUAGCCAAAUGAAUGAAAAUAAAAGGUGUGUUUGAAGCACACUGUUUAUACUCUUCUUUUUUCCUGUUUUUAAUGACAAGCCGGAUGUGUCACUCGACAUAAGCAAGGAGAUUGACAGCUAAUGUCAUUAGCUAACUUUAACGUUAUCUAACUUGGCUAACGUAGAUUAAUGUUAAUUAUCAAUAAUAACUUCUACAGUAAAAGUAAAGGUAUCUGUUUUCAGCCAUACAUUAAUCAUGAUAAAAUUGUGUUUGGACUAGUGAAUGAGUGCAGUGGGUACUGUGACGUCAGUUAACCCAGCGUUACCCAACCUUUUUCGGUCUCGGCACCCUUUUUGAAUUUUUUUUUUUAAUUUGUCGUCGGCAGGAAAAGGGGCCGAGAGUGAUUUAUACAACAGGAAAAAGCUCCAGUCAUGUCUCCUGCCAGCGAGACAGCUUAUACAGGCCUGUGUGGCCCGAAAUGAGGAGGUUUUGGGACAAGGCAUUUUCUCACAGAGUGCCCAUCAAGGGUUUCUCGAGGCUGGGCGUUCAGGGAAUGGAGGACUUGGGGAUGGCGAUCCCUCCCCUGUCGAAGUCGGUGGCACACCGCCUGCACCCGAGCCGUAGAGCAACUUUCUCUUCAGCCAGAGCCUCGCUGCUAGGAAAGACGGAGGGUGUCGCUGUCUAUGUCUUUCAGAAGAUUUAUAAAUUGUCGGUUUUGGCAGUGUGAGCGUUGAAUGCGAUGUCUCUCCUCACAGCUUAUUGGGCUGAGCUAUUGGAGGAAAUGGGUCAUCAGCCAGACUCCAGAUCUCCCAACCUAUCUGGGAGGGGAUAUGCGUUAUCGCAGAUUUAAACCUGCGCACAUCUCUUGGAGCAGUUCAAAUCUGCGGCCAGAGUAUGGACUUGGCAGUUGUGGGGGAGGGGUCAGGACUCUCCGAGAAGGAGAAGGUGGAGUCCCCAUUGACCAAAGGCCAUGUUAGGUGCAACGUAUCGGCAAUGUGUUAUCCAUGUGAUCUGUGGAAGAAGGAGGGGGAGGCAUUCAAAGUGCAUCUCCCCAGAAAACAGUCGGCUCGGCCUCAUCAUCCAAGCCGGCCAAAUUUCAGGCCCUCUGGGAAAGGAUCUCAGCCUUCUUGCCCUCCUCCGUCACAGCAGUUGGGAAACACGGCCCCGCAGCCGAAGCCCGGUUUUGUGAGGCCGAAGCAGUCUUUCACGGCCACGGCUGCGACCUACCGGCCAACAAACCCUCAGGGUACCAAAAACAGGUGGGUGACCCAAGACAUCACCUGGGCAGCAGGAACGGUUCAGAGAUAGCACUCGGGGUCCCUCCCUCUCAACCCUUCAGAGGGACACCCCUCUCCCUCCCGCGAGGUAAAGAAGAAGGGUGGAAAGUUUGUACAUAGUUCAUGCGGACGGUCCAGUGUCUAGCAUGCGCAGGAGAAUGGCCCAUCCUCCUUGCUCGUGAAAAGAGUGAUGAUAAGACUCCUGGCAGAAGAAAGUCGUCAAGGCUUUUGUUCCUGGUAUUUUGUGAUUCCUAAAGGGUGAAGCUGGGUAGGGGGGAUUGCCGUCUCAUUCUGGAUUAACAGGUCCUCAAUAAAUACCUCAGGAAAUACAGGUUCAGAACACUGCCUCACUCCAUGCGUCAAGGAGACUGGUUUACAUCAGUGGAUCUCCAGGACGUGUAUUUACACAUAGAUAUCUUUACUGCUCACAGGGAAUACGUCAGAUUCGCAUAUCAGGGCAUGGCCUACGAGUACGUGAAAAUUCCCUUCAGCCUUUUGCUAGCUCCGAGGAUAUUCAGCAUUGUGUGGAAGGAGCUCUAACCCCGUUAAGGAAUGUGGGGAUCAGAGUCUUAUUCUAUCUGGACGACCUGCUCAUCUGUGCGCUGCGUCAGCAGCAUGCAGAGAGAUACGAACAGGCUGGUAUCACAUUGGGUGAAACUGAGUUUCAACAUAAACCAAAUGAAGAGCUGUCUGAUUCCUUCACAGGAAAUAGUUUACCUGGGUUUCAGGUUAAAUCCUGUAGUUUUUUGUGCAUUUUUAUCAGAGGAGCACAUCGAAACAUUUCAUAGUUGCAUCGCCCACUUUCAAUGAGGGGAAUCAGGCUCGGUCCAGAUGGGUCUUCGGCUACUAGACUUGAUGGCCUCAACAGAGGGCAGUAGUUCCCCUAGGACGACUGAGAAUAAGGGAAUUUCAGCACCGGGCGGCAUCGCAGGGCAUUCGCCCCAAGAGCCGUCUCGGCCACAGAGUGCUAGUCUCGCCAGAAUGCAUGAGUGCUCUGUCAUUGGUGGGCCCCGUCUUUUCUCAGAACAGGAUGUCCAAUGUGUCCUAUUUUGGUGAGGAAAGUGGUGAUGACAGAUGCAUCUCUCACAGUCUGGGGAGCAGUGUUCGAGGGCAGAACAGUGAGAGGAGUUUUGACUCCUGCGCUGAGGAAGAAGCACAAAAACUGGCUGGAGCUGCUAACGGCGUCAUCUCUGCCACACCAAUGAUGUUUUCAAGUUCUGUUGGACGCUGUUUGUGUACACCAAAGAUUGGUUGCUGUUAAAUAUCCUUAGGCAGAUUAAUUUGGAUUUUUGUGGAACCAAGUGCAGCUGCACCAAAAAAGGUCAUGAGAAAAAUAAACCGAGUGAUGCAAAGAAAUAAGACGGUCAUGUCAAGUGAUGACACAGCAUGAAACACCCCCUGGAUUUUGUGUGCAUUGCGCUGAUAUCAGGCACAUGUGAAAUGCAGUCGAGAGUGUGAGUGAUAUGAAUUGCGUUAUCCUACCAUUAUUUUUUUUCCCCUAAAAUGCCUUUGGAGGAGAAAUUAAAAGUAAGUAGACUAAGCACACAUUGUCUACUUAAAAUACAAAUUGCACAAAGGACAGACAAUGGAGACAUACAUUUUUAUAAUUUUUUUUAAUGAAAGGUUGUCAGCUUUUCUGUUUACCAUAAUUACAGGAUGAACCCAGUGUUUGAAACACAUAAAUUUAAUUUUAAUAAACAAUAAAUAAAAUUAGAAAACAUGAAUGCAUCAAGCGUGUGUCAUAAAAAAAAGUAUAUGUUCAGAAUACAUUAAAAAAGAAAUUUAAAAACCUGUUUAGAAUACAUUAAAAAAAAUGCAAACUUGUUUACUAUUCCUGUUAUCGUUUAUUUAAGCCAUUGUUUUGAUGUCCUAAUCUACAGGCAAUUUCCAUAUGAUUGGAGAUGAUCUGGUCAACUCGUAUCAUCUCCUGUUGUGCUGUCUGGACCUGGUCUAUGGUAAUGCUUUACUCUGUGCCAACAAGAAAGACCUCAUCAAUCCAUAUUUCAAAGGCUUGCCAACAGAUUGCGGGAGCGCAGAAGAGGCUCAGUCCGUGCUUGAGCAUUUGUGCAACCUGCACGAUGGUCUAGUCGUUGAGGCGAAAGGGAUAAAGGAGCACUACUUUAAACCUUACAUCAGACGUCUAUUUGAGAAAAAAAUUCUUAAAGGAGACAAGGACACGCUUACUGAGUUGCUGGAUUCUCCAAACUUCCAAGACAAUAACAAAGCCUUAAAUCGUGAAUAUGAAGAAUAUGUCCUGACUGUGGGUGAUUUUGAUGAGCGGGUUUUUUUGGGUGCUGACGCCGAUGAGGAGAUUGGCACACCAAAUAAAAUGACCCCUAAGCCUCCAUCUAGUCAGUUAUCAACACAAAUGCAGGUCGAGAACAACCUUCAGCAGCACUUUGAGAAGAUGCAUUCGCUGGCCCCUUCCACUCCACUUACAGGGCGUAGGUACCUGAAGGAGAAGGAGGUAUUGAUCACACCUGUCUCUUCAGCUACUCAAAGUGUGAGUCGCCUGCAGAGCAUGGUGGCUGGCCUCUGCAAUGCCCCUACUGAUACCCUGCUCCAGAUCUUCAAGUCUUGUUCUUGUGACCCCACUGAAGCCAUUUUAAAUCGUUUGAAGAAGCUAGGAGAGACUUUUAAACAGGCCUACACCAAACAAACGGAUGAUCUUCAGGGAGCCCACAUGGACUUUGCAGAAAACCGUCUGAAGAUAGCUGAAAUACUGUAUUUUAAGAUUCUGGAGAAUGUUAUGGCUCAAGAGAUUAAGAGACUCCAGGGUAAAGAUAUGACUGUGCUGUUAGAACAGGAUGUGUUCCACUGUUCUCUUUUGGCCUGCUGUCUGGAGGUUGUGCUAUUUGCCUACAGUUCUCAACGAACCUUCCCUUGGAUUCUAGAAACCUUCCAGCUUAGACCAUUCUACUUCUACAAGGUGAUCGAGGUGUUUAUCCGCUCUGAGGAGGGCCUCUCUAGAGACAUGGUGAAGCACUUAAACGUCAUAGAAGAGCAGGUGCUGGAAAGCAGGGCUUGGACCAAAGACUCGGUACUUUGGGAAGCAUUAGAGAAUGCGAAUUACGAAGUCCCUACUGUAGCUGAGGUAAAUUUUCCUAGUAGUCUUGAUUCCGGCCGCAACAACAGUAGUGGGGGCCCCACCCACCUUCCUCUAGUGGCUCUGUCACCAAUCAUGCACCCUCGUCUCCGAGAGGUCCGCACUGGCCUGGGCUCAAGUGCUCGCAAAGAUGCUCCUCCAUCUCCCAUCUCUCUCCAUGACCGCUUCAGUUCUCCUGCAGCAGGCAGUGCCAAAAGGCGUUUGUUUGGUGAUGAUCCUCAACCUCAGUCUCCAGUGAAGCGAAUAUCUGUCACUCCUGUCAAAAUCAUACCCAACACCUCUACAGAAAACAACCAGAACACGACCACAGCAACUGUCUUCUCCAUGGCUACUACUAAUGGCCAGCAGCUCAACAUCCCUUUGCCAGUGAUGAAGAAUGACCUGGGAAGUAUCACGGUAAUCCAGGUACAAGCAAACCAGCUGACCCCCCUCACCGCCCAGGUGCUGCUCACCUCCCCAAACAAAGCCCCUGAGGUUCAUACACAGCCAACCAACAAACCACGCCGCACAGGAUCCCUUGCACUCUUUUUCCGCAAGGUCUAUCAUUUAGCAAGUGUGCGUCUCAGAGAUCUAUGUCUAAAGCUGGACAUCUCUGCAGAGUUAAGGGGCAAAAUCUGGACAUGCUUUGAGCAGUCUUUGGUCCACUGUACAGACAUGAUGAAGGAUAGACAUCUGGAUCAGCUCUUGCUCUGUGCAGUCUACAUCAUAUCCAAGAUCUCAAAAGAGGAGCACACUUUUCAAGACAUAAUGAAAUGUUAUCGGAGUCAGCCUCAAGCAAGCAGCCAUAUAUACCGCAGUGUGCUGCUGAGGAAGAGAGUCCACGAACAGCAAACUGAUGACACAAUGGAAGUUGAUCCACCAACAGAACAAACCAAUGGCAGGACAGAUCAAGGUGCCAAAGCUAAGGCUGACGGCGAAUCAGACGAGGACAGGGGUGACCUCAUCCAAUUCUACAAUUCUGUUUAUGUUCUGAAAAUGAAAUCUUUUGCACUCAGAUAUGCUCAUCCAGCAGCAGAUAGUAGAGUGAAUGCGCCACCGUUAUCUCCAUUCCCCUCACUGCGAGCUCAGCCUCUCUCCCCACGGCGAAUAUCUCAGAGACACUCCGUCUAUCUGUCUCCCCACAAAAAUGGAUCCUGCCUCAAACCCAGCUCUGCCUACACAUACAAGUUCACUGGCAGCCCAUCUAAGGAGCUGAGUGACAUCAACCUAAUGAUCCGUCAGGGAAGCGUGAGCAAGAAGAGAGCUUUUACCAUGGAGGGAGAUGAGACGGAGUCUCCCACCAAACGUUUGAGCCAGGAGAGUGAGGAUGUGCUGCUCAAGCGCCUGCAGGAUGUUGUGACUGAGAGAGCCAAUCACUGACCGAUCAUGCAAAUCUUCCCAGUCAGUGAUGAAGUUGCAUCUCCCAAAGUUUGUAACAUUCACAGACCUAUUACAAUACAGCAUGACCUUUAUAACCAAAGAGCAACUCACAGAGCUGCCCAGGGUACUGAGCCAGUGGACCAUGAUGGACAGUCCAUAGUAGAAACCUAAAUUGUGGGCUUUGGUGGGAUUUCGGGUUCCUUGAAAAGUAUGGUAAGUACUUGAGCAUUCAUUUCAGUCAUUCUCAAAUGGCAGCAAAAUAAAUUAACACCACAUGUUGUUUAACCCGACACUGUACUUUAUCUUGCCCCUGUGGUAUCUCAAGCAUGGUUCACAGCACUCUGGGUGAAAAACAUCUCACACACACAAAGAUUUUCUGUAUACAUUAGGGUGUAUUAACAGGGCAUAAUUGAUUAUUUUAUUGAGCAAAUCAUUAAUGUUCAAGCAUUGUCCUUUGUGCUGCAAACACAUGUAGCACUGUAUUGUGCUGUGUAGUAUCUACACAUCAGAGUAUUAUUUUUUAUCCAAGUCACGUUAUUCCACUCAGGUGGAGAAAUUUGUCUUCUGAUGUAUACCGAUCAGCCAUAACAUUAAAAAAACUCACAGGUAAAGUGAAUAACAGUGAUUAUCUUGUUACAGUGGCACCUGUCAAGAGGUGGGAUAUAUUCGGCAGCAAGUGAAUGGUCAGUUGACGAAGUUGAUGUGUUGGAAGCAGGGAAAAUGGGCAAGUGUAAUUAUCUGAGAGAUUUUGACAAGGGCAAAGUUGUGAUCGCAAGACGGGUGGGUCAGAGCAUCUCCAAAAUGGCAGGUCUUGUGGUGUGUUCCCGUUAUGCAGUGGUUAGUACAUACCAAAAGUGGUCCAGGGAACGACAACUGGUGAACCGGCAACAGGGUCAUGGGCGCCCAAGGCUCACUGAUGUACAUGGGGAGUGAGGGCUAGCCUGUCUCGUCCUGUCUACUACUGAGAGCUGUUGUAUUGCUGAAAAAGUUCAUGCUGGCUUUUCUAGAAAGGUGUCAGAACACACAGUGCAUCACAGCUUGCUGCGUAUGGGGCUGCGUAGCCACAAACUGGUCAGGGUGUCCAUGCUGUGGGAAGAAGGCAAGCCAGCAGAGGCAUUGUGAUAUUGAAGCCAGUGUGAUACUCUGGGUAAUGUUCUGCUGGGAAACCUUGGGUCCUGGCAGUCAAGUGGAUGCUACUUUGACGUGUCACCUACCUGAACGUUGUUGCAACCCAGUACACCCCUUCAUGCCGACGGUAUUCCCUAAUGGCAGUGGCCUCUUUCAGCAGCAUAAUGCGCCCUGCGUAACUGCAGAAAUUGUUCAGGAAUGGUUUGUGGAAUAUGACAGAGGUCAUAAUGUUGAAUUGGCCUCCAAAUUCCCCAGAUCUCAAUCUGAUUGAGCAUCUGUGGGAUGUGUUAAACAAACAAGCCCAAUCCAUGGAGGCCCCACUUCACAACUUACAGGACUUGAAGGAUGCGCUGCUAAGGUAUUGGUGCCAGAUACCACAGCACACCUUCAGAGGUCUUGUGGAGUCCAUGCCUCGACAAGGUCAGAGCUGUUUUAGCAGCACAAGGGGGAUGUACACUAUUAGGCAGGUGGUUUUAAUGUUAUGGCUGAUCAUGUUAUGUACAUCAUUAAUAGAGUUGGUAUAUAAUGUCAUACCAUUCUAACCUUAAGCCUUAGAUGCUCUGGCUUGAACAAAGUCAGUGUUUACAUGGUCUUUAAUUGUGGUCUCUGUGAUUGCUCAUUUUAUUCUUAUAUUCUUAUAAAUAUUUUUUCUUGUUUUGUUUCUACUGUAAUCGAGCAAAUAAAUAUUUUUAAAACCUCCAUUUAUUAAUUUGAAAUUUUCUCAGGAACAGUCUUUAAUCUUUGGACAUUAAUCAUUUUAAGGUGAGAAUCGAGCCUUAUCCUUCAGAGGAAAACUAACUGUGGGGGUGUGGUGAUAAUGUUUGUUACAUAUUGCUGUUUGUUCAGAUUUUUUUUGACUGUCUUGGAUACAUGCAGCCAAUAAAUUAUUAUUGAUUAAA